CAGCUCACCUGCCGAGCUGAGCCCGCCGGCCAGUCGACAGGCGCACCUGACCCCGUCCGGCCUGUCCCUCCCGCCGGACACACCGGCACAUGCACGCAGCUAGCACGCUCUCCUCUCCAUCCAUCGACGAUGGAGCCACCCCACCCGAUUAAUCAAUCAUUCGCCAUUAAUCUCCAUCCAUCGUCGACACACGACCUUGUCACUCGCGCACAGUUAAUUAAUUGGGAGUGCACCUACGCUCUCUGCCCACUGUACAUCUCCGUCGCCUUCCUGCAACCCCCACCCUGUAGCCUCAUUUCUCGAUCUCUCCUUCUCCUCCUUGUGUCACUCUCCUACCUCCGUCCUCCUUCUACCUCUAGCUAUAAAGGCCGGAGCUCUGUGUGCCAUGUGAGACCCCUCCUCCUCCUCUUGCUCCUCUCAUCUCUGUAGCUUUCGAGCUCGGUUCGUCCUCCUGAUUCGGCUGUCCGGCCAGCCCGUAGAUCAAGAAAUGGGGUUCCCGGCGGUGUACUCGGAGAUGCCCAGGCUGCUGCUCAACCUCCUCUUCCUGCUCGGCCACCUCCGCCGCCUCUCCUCCUGGCUGCUCCGCCUCGUCGGCGCCGGCGUCGACGACGACCACCUCAGCUUCGACUACUCGGACGCCGGCUCCGACGCCUACUUCGCCGACCACCACCAGCACAGCCAGGAGCAAUACCAGCAGCGCGAUCACGCCCACGGCCUGGAGGAGCUGGAGGAGCACUCCCCGGCCGUGCGCUUCGACGCGCUCCCGUCCGACGGCGACGACGGCACGCCGCUGCUGCUGCCGGAGGGCUGCGCGGUGUGCCUCGGCGACUUCCACGGCGCCGCCAGGGUGCGCCGGCCGCGCGGGUGCUGGCACGUCUUCCACCGCGGAUGCCUCGACGGCUGGGCCGCCCACGGCCACCGCACCUGCCCGCUCUGCCGGGCGCCGCUCCUCCCGCCGGCGCCGGCGUCUCUGAGUCCCGUCCUCCUGCCCAUGCCGCUGCCGGCGUCGUGAUUGGCACUGGUCAAACUCGUUCAGGGUGCUGUUUGCAUAUAUGUUCGGCGACUAUUCUUGCGGGAUCCUGAGGAGAGGGUCCCGAAUUUGUCGCUUCCGGUUGGGUUUUUAUGCAAAAACAAUCUCAACCGGUGAGAGCGCGGCAAGGGCCAGGCCAAGGAGGCCCAUUGGCGGAGAGGCGUCGAAAUAUUUUCCGAUCGCCCCUCGCAUGGAGAGAUUAUCACAAGACGGUCCCCAUGGAAGGGGAUUAGUUCCUGGUUUGAGCUUUGGUUGAUUUGGGUUUGGACUCCAAUGGAGUUGGUGUCCAGAGCAACAUCCAUAUACAAGAAAGAAGAAAAGGAGAACAUAUGUAUGUACAUCAGACUUAGAUUAGUGGAAGUAAAUAGAGGGGGUGAAUCCGAAUAUAUGCAGAGCUUUUGCUCUGCUCGCUUUUCUUUUCCUUUUCAUUCUUGUUAUAAGGUUUCGCUAGACCCAGCAUUUUUCAUCUGUAUACUACUCCUUCUCAAGGGGGUUGGAGAUACCUCCUGUUUUUGCUACAUGUUUUGUGUAUUACACGCUCUAUUGGAAAUGCAUCGGAUUCAACCGACUACCUUCAUUUA